CGGGGAGUGAGGACCAUGUAUAGGCGCCGCUCGCAGUGUUGCCCUGGUUACUUUGAGAGUGGAGACUUGUGUGUUCCUCUGUGUACAGAGGAGUGUGUCCAUGGUCGUUGUGUGUCUCCGGAUACAUGCCAGUGUGAGCCUGGAUGGGGUGGACUGGACUGCUCCAGUGGAUGUGAGAGUGACUACUGGGGACCUCAUUGCAGUAAUCGGUGCCAGUGCCAAAACGGGGCUAAGUGUAACCCCAUCACAGGGGCCUGUGUCUGCACUGAUGGGUACCAGGGAUGGCGUUGUGAGGAGCCCUGUGAGUAUGGUUACUAUGGCAAGGCAUGCCAACUACCCUGCCAGUGUCUCAAUGGUGCCACCUGCAACCACGCAACAGGAGAGUGCAUCUGUGCACCGGGGUACACUGGGGCUUUCUGUGGAGAGCGCUGCCCCUUCGGUAGUCACGGGUCUCAGUGUGAGCAGCGCUGCCCCUGUCAGAAUGGAGGGACCUGCCACCACAUCACUGGAGAUUGUUCCUGCCCUGCUGGGUGGACGGGCUCAGUUUGUGCCCAGCCAUGCCCUCUUGGCAAGUACGGCAUCAACUGCAGCAAGGACUGUUCCUGUCGUAAUGGCGGCAUGUGCGACCACAUCAAUGGACAGUGCCAGUGCUCAGCUGGCUUCAGUGGACGCAGGUGUCAGGAUGACUGUCCUGUGGGCACCUAUGGUCCACUGUGUAACCAGAGGUGUGAGUGUCAGAAUGGAGCCAAGUGUCAUCAUAUCAAUGGCGCCUGUCUGUGUGAAACAGGGUUUAAAGGGCCUAAUUGCCAAGAGAGAUUCUGCCCCCCAGGCCUCUAUGGCCUCAUCUGUGACAAGUACUGCCCCUGUAAUACCACCAACACUGUGAGCUGCCACCCACUUUCUGGAGAGUGCACAUGCUCAGCGGGAUGGACAGGGCUUUACUGUAAUGAGACCUGCCCGCCUGGAUACUAUGGAGAGGGAUGCAUGCUGCCUUGCAGCUGUGCCAACGGGGCUGACUGCCAUCCUGUCUCAGGUUCCUGUAUAUGUGCCCCUGGAUUCAUGGGUGAGGACUGUUCUACAGUGUGUCCCCCAGGUCUAUACGGACCAAGCUGCAUGUCUACCUGCUCCUGCCAUAAUCACGCAUCCUGCUCUCCUGUUGACGGCUCCUGCAUCUGCAGGGAAGGCUGGCAGGGUGUGGACUGCUCAAUCCUCUGCUCCAGUGGUACAUGGGGUCUGAGCUGUAAUCAGACAUGCUUAUGUGGCAAUGGAGCUGCUUGUGACCCUAUAGAUGGAACCUGUACGUGUUCUCCUGGGUGGAGGGGAGAGCACUGUGACGAAUCCUGCCCUGAUGGCACCUAUGGGUUGGAGUGUCGAGAGCGAUGCGACUGUAGCCACGCCGAUGGCUGUGACCCAGUGAGUGGCUACUGCCGGUGCUACCCAGGCUGGACAGGAAUCCACUGCGAUAAUGUGUGCCCACAAGGCUUCUGGGGGCCCAACUGUUCAGUCAGCUGCUCCUGUCAGAAUGGAGGAUCCUGCUCUCCAGAGGACGGCACGUGUGUGUGCGCACCUGGAUACAGAGGGACAUCCUGCAAAAGAAUCUGCUCUCCGGGGUUCUACGGGCACCGCUGCAGCCAGUCAUGCCCACAGUGUGUGCACAGCACUGGGCCUUGCCAUCACAUCACGGGCCACUGUGAGUGUCUGUCCGGCUUCUCCGGCUCCCUGUGCAACCAAGUCUGUCCAAGUGGCAGGUAUGGAAGGUCCUGCGCUGAGAUCUGCCUCUGCACCAACAACGGCACGUGCAACCCCAUUGACGGCUCCUGCCAAUGCUUCCCUGGUUGGAUAGGGGAGGAUUGUUCCCAGGCCUGUCCCUCUGGGCACUGGGGCCCUGAUUGUCUCAACUCGUGUAACUGUCACAACGGAGCCCAGUGCAGUGCCUACGAUGGGGAGUGCAGGUGCAGCCCUGGCUGGACCGGACUCUACUGCACACAGCGCUGUCCUUCAGGGUUCUAUGGCAGGGAUUGCUCUGAAGUCUGUCGCUGCCAAAACGGUGCAGACUGUGACCACAUCACUGGCCAGUGUGCUUGUCGAACAGGUUUCAUUGGGAUGAGCUGUGAGCAGAAGUGUCCUGCUGGUACUUUUGGAUAUGGUUGCCAGCAGCUGUGUGAGUGCCUGAACAAUGCUACCUGUGACUACGUGACUGGAACAUGCUACUGCAGCCCUGGAUAUAAAGGCAUCCGGUGUGAUCAAGCAGCUCUGAUGAUGGAGGAGCUGAACCCCUACACCAAGAUCAGUCCAGCACGAGGCUCAGAGCGCCAGUCCGCAGGGGCCGUCAUGGGCAUCAUCUUUCUCCUCCUCAUCAUCAUGGCCAUGCUCAGUCUGUUUGUAUGGUACAGACAGAGGCAGAGGGACAAAGGCCAUGAGAUCCAACCCAGUGUGUCCUACUCACAGGCAAUGCACAUCACCAACACUGACUACUCCCUGUCUGAGUGUGGCAGCACUGUAGCGAUGAGGACCAGUGCUGCUGAGGUAAAUCAGAGCCAGAGCAGCAGCAGCACCGGCCAGUGCUUCUCCAACCCCAGCUACCACACAGUGGCCCAGUGCAAUGUCGUCUCUACCAUCUCCAGCAACCUGGAUGGCACUCUGACCCUCAAGUCAAGCACCCUGAAAAACCGAAAUGGCUCAGAAUGGAGAGCCUACUGCAACCUCAAUGACCUAGAUGUUCAACAGGGGGAGACACAGGCACAGAGAGGCUCCAGAAAAGAUUACAUUAAGGGCUCCAUGUGCAGCAACAGCUCCUGUUCCCUGAAUAGUGAGAAUCCAUACGCCACCAUUAGAGACCCACCAGGGCUGGCUUGCAAGCAUACAGAGAGCAGCUAUGUGGAGAUGAAGUCCCCCUCCCACCGUGAAGUGCCCUUUGGAGGCACUGCCACCCUCCUCGGCAGUGCGAGCAGGAAUGUCUAUGAUGUUGAGCCAACGGUGAGUGUCCUGCAGGGACCCAAUGGAAUGGCCACCGGCUUCUCCCAGAGCCCCUAUGACCUUCCCCGUAGCAGCCACAUCCCCAGCCAUUAUGACAUACUGCCAAUGCGUCACAGCCCCACGCACACGCCCCCACCACCUCCAGAGAGCCCCAGCUCACUCCUCUAG